AUGCAGAAAGACCCAGUGGCAAGACUACCUGAGUAUUUGGAGAAAAUUUCCUUUGAACUUGAUCGUUGCAUAGAUUUUUGGUUUAAACAUUCCCAUGAUGAAAUAAAUGGGGGUUUCUUUACCUGUUUGGGAAAAGAUGGAAGCAUAUAUGAUCAUACCAAAUAUGGAUGGCUUCAGGGAAGGCAGGUAUGGACAUAUGCUAGACUUUAUAACAGUGUAAAAAGAUUUCAAAGACAGGAUAUUUUAGAAGCAGCCAUAAAAGGAGCUGAGUUUUUAAGUCAGCACAUCAAAAAUAAAGAAACCCAGAAGUGUGCAUUUGCUGUAACCAAAAGUGGAGACCCAAUCAAAUACCAGAGAACAAUAUUCACAGAAUGUUUUUAUGUGUUGGGAAUGUCUGAACUCUUUAAGGCUUCUAAUAGUGAUCAUUUUAAGCAAGAAGCAAUUGAGAUGAUGUCAACCAUAGUCCACUGGCUGAAAGAUGAUGAUUCAUAUUUGGGCAAUUUAGCUUUGAAAAGUGAUAAAUCUAUCAGCUCAUUGGCCAACCCAAUGAUGUUAAUGUGUUUGAUUGACCAAAUGAGAAGCACAAUUCCAGAAAUUGCUACAAAAUAUGAAAAAUUGGAAGAUGAAUGCUGUUUGGAAAUAUUAGGGCAUAUACAAAGAAACCAUUCUGUUGUCUUGGAAAAUGUGUCUUAUGACUUUAAAGAAUUGUCUGGUUGCCAAGGAAGACUAAUGAACCCAGGUCAUACAAUUGAAGCAGGUUGGUUUCUAUUGCGAUAUGCUGAAUUAAAGAAUGAUAAUACUCUUAAAAACACAGCCCUUGAAAUAUUCUUGGAGGCUACAUUUUUCCAGGGUUGGGACAAUGAAAAUGGAGGGCUCUUUUACUUUUUGGAUGUGGAUGGCUUCUCACCUACACAACUAGAAUGGAAUAUGAAACUCUGGUGGCCACAUUGUGAAGCAAUGAUUGCUUUCCUCCUUGCAUUCAAAGAGACUUUAGACAAAAAAUUCUUGGAAAAAUUUGAUCAAGUCUUUGAUUAUACAAUGAAACAUUUUUGUGAUCCUGAAUAUGGUGAAUUAUUUGGUUAUCUGAGUCAGGAAGGAAAGAUUAGUAUGAAUUUUAAAGGUGGACCUUUUAAAGGAUGUUUUCAUGUCCCAAGAAGCUUAAUGAUGUGUGAAAGGAUGCUAAACCAGAUUAUGGAUCAAGGAAAGAAUAAUAAUUAA